ACGACAGAUCAUUCCACUUUUGACAGCUCACUCGGCAGUACCAGAAAAAAAUGUCAUCCGUCAUGCACUACUAUCCAGUUCACCAGGCUAAAGUCGGCCCCUAUCCAGCAGAUCCUUCCGAGGUUAAAUACAGUGAUUUGAUCUAUGGUCAUCAUCACGACGUGAACCCCAUCGGUCUGCCUCCCAACUACAACCAGAUGAACUCCAACCCCACCACCCUCAACGAUCACUGCUCCCCGCAGCAGUUGCAUCAGCAGCAGGUGUCCUCGGACGAGAAUCUGCCAUCACAGCCCAGCCACGACUCGCAGAGGGUGAAGCUGAAGCGAUCCCGAACUGCCUUCACCAGUGUCCAACUGGUGGAACUUGAGAACGAGUUCAAGAGCAACAUGUAUUUGUACAGGACGCGCAGGAUUGAGAUUGCUCAGCGCUUGUCCCUGUGCGAACGCCAGGUGAAGAUCUGGUUCCAGAACCGCCGAAUGAAGUUCAAGAAGGAUAUACAAGGUCACCGCGAGCCCAAGGUCAACACCAAAUUGGCUCAACCCCAGGCAGAGCAGAGUGCCCACCGAGGCAUAGUGAAGCGCCUCAUGUCCUACUCCCAGGAUCCCAGGGAGGGCACCGCGGCAGCAGAAAAGCGUCCUAUGUUGGCAGUGGCUCCUGUGAAUCCCCAGCCAGACUAUCAACCCAGCCAGAAAAUUAAGACCGAAGCAUCAACCAACAACAGCAUGUGCUCCAGCGCCGAUCUCAGCGAGAUCUUGGAGCAUCUGGCUCAAACUACAGCUGCACCACAGAUCAGCACUGCCACUCCAGGAACACCUGCCAACUCCAGUUCUAGUUCCUCUUCCGGGCACUAUUCCUACAACGUGGAUUUGGUUCUGCAAAGCAUCAAGCAGGAUUUGGAGGCAGCGGCCCAGGCGUGGUCCAAGUCGAAAUCCGCGCCUAUCCUGGCCACUCAAUCCUGGCAUCCCAGCUCCCAAAGUCAGAUGCCCACGUGCGUGCAUGCGGCUCCCUCAAUGAAUCUGUCGUGGGGCGAGCCUGCUGCCAAGUCGAGAAAGCUGAGUGUUAAUCACAUGAACCCGUGCGUAACCACCUACAAUUAUCCCAACUAAUUUGGAGUUAAAUAAGUUAUACUAAGUUUUACUAUAAAUUUUUGUUGGAGCUAAGCAACCGUCUCUGGCCCUUGGACGCAAAAUUCUAACCCAACUCAGUGACAAAAGCCAUGAAUAUUCUUAGAUUAUCGUGAAGUUUAACCCUUUUUUUUAAUAAAUAUAUAUAUAU